GUCGAAGCCACAUGCAACUUCCGCUGGCACGCUCCCACUGCCGCCCUCGUCCCUGCAUGCCUGUCGUCUCAAACGGCCCAGCCGCCUCGUCACGCACCCACGCCAGUUCGUGUGCCGCCGUCCGCUGUUCUUGAGCGCCGCCCUGCGUUGCGCUCGCGGGAUCUGUCUGCCGUCCAAGUCAUCUCCGAGCCGUUGCUCUUGCGCCAGCACCUCGCGCCCGCCCACUGAGCCCACCCACGCUCUCUCUCUCUCUGCCGCACACGCGCGAUAGCUGCGCUGCCCGCUGAGUUGUUGCCCAGCAGCGCGUCCUCUCGCCUGCUCCUCGCGACGUCUGUCCCCCGCCGUCCCCGUCACCGCCCAAGGUUGCCCGACGCGCCCGCGACACCGCGCUACUUGCAGCCAGCGACAGGGUCCGUUGGAGAGCUGCGCAGCUCCUGCCGUUGCCCGCCAUGCCCAACGGCGCUCACAACUCCCACGGCGCUUUUGCGACACCUCGAGUGCGCAAUGGAGAGCCCCAGCCCGCCCCGGUGACGCCCAUCGAGCCGGGCUCGGCCAAGCGUGAUCUCACAUCGUGGUGGAAGCAGUUCAGCAAACGCAGCGUGAAGAAGGAGGAAGAGAAAGAGCCUGAGGUACCACGCGGCAUUUUCGGUGUACCUCUCAUCACUAGCAUACCGUAUGCGAAUGUAGCCAUUUCGCUCUUCAACGAAAGCGGGGAAAGUUAUAUUUACGGAUACGUCCCCAUCGUUGUGGCCAAGUGCGGCGUGUUCUUGAAAGAAAAGGCUACUGAUGUAGAGGGUAUCUUCCGUUUGGCCGGUUCUGAGAAAAGGAUUAAGGAGCUCAAGGCUCAAUUCGACGCUCCACCACGGUGGGGCAAAGGCCUCGAUUGGUCGGGCUACACUGUGCACGAUGCUGCCAAUAUCCUUCGACGGUAUUUCAAUCAGCUACCCGAACCCAUCAUUCCUUUACAGUACUACCAACCCUUUCGUGAUCCUCUACGCGGCCACCAGGCAGAGGCCGUUGGUCACAUUGAGGGUCAGGGUGCGUCCCUUGGGGGGUUUGACCCCGAUGCUGCGGUCCGCGUAUACCAGCAACUGAUCAAGGAACUACCAUCUUUGAACCGACAGCUUCUUCUCUAUAUCCUCGACUUGCUCGCCGUUUUCGCAGCAAAGUCUGAUGUCAACAAGAUGACCACGUCCAACUUGGCUGCUAUCUUCCAACCAGGCAUUCUUUCCCACCCUCAACACGACAUGUCUCCUCAGGACUAUAGAUUAAGCCAGGAUGUUCUGAUAUUCCUGAUAGACAAUCAGGAUCACUUCUUGAUUGGUAUGGAGGGGACCGCCGUCGAUGAGGGUACCGUCAAGCAUAUCGAGAGUGGGCCCUCGACCCCACAAGCUAGGACUCCAACCACCCCUGGUCGAAACAAAUCUGGUCUUGGUCGGUCGGCCUCAGCCGCCUCGAGUGCUGCAGCGGAAUCUCUGCGUAAAUUUGGGGGCGUUCGAAGGAAUGUCUCCACAUCGUCGAGGCAUUCACGGCAUUCGGGGGCUGUACCCAGUCCAACAACGCCUGCAUUCACUCCCAGUUCUGGAGUCCAUCGAAGUAACACGCUUCCUUCCAAGCGAUCACCAGCCCUGACGGCAUCGCGUUUCCCCAGAGAAAGGGGUUCUGAUCCUCCCACACCUGCCGCAGAAGAUCCGAAGACCCAGCUGCCAGCAGUGACACCAGAGAUCCCGACGCCAGAUGCGACAGCUCUGGAAGGACCACCUACGCACAUCGACUUGCCUAAGAAAGAAGCCACUCUUCCCGUACAACCUGUAUCCGAAAAUGUCCAAGCCGCCCCUCGGGCACAGACCUUUCCUAUAGAAAGGCUUGAUGUUGCCAAACCACAGCAGCCGCCCCCAGUCGAUACGUCGAAGCCGGCACUUCCCACUCCAGCUUUAGAUAAGAUACCCGGAGCAUUCCCGCUUCCAUCUCCUGGCCUCAUUCCACCCACGCCUGAUGCUGUCACGCCCAGUGCUGCGUCAGAAGCAGCUAACAUACUGGCGCCCCCGGCUCAGCAGAUUCUACAACGCAGUCCUCGCACUACACCAAGGCAUGAGAGGUCUGAGUUUAUGGAAGGAGCGGUAGACUCCGGGCCUCCGGCUGAGGCUUCGUCCGUGGUCCGAACCUUCACCCAGAUCUUAGCCGGAAGCAGAGCCUCUCCUGCUAGUGACGAAAAGCAACCAGGACGGAAACCUAACAAGCUUCAGAAGAAGCGGAUUACAAGUGCAAACCCCAGCGCGCAUAGCUCAACGCAUUCGCUGACGGGUUCUCAAGCUGGUUUCGAUGGCCCACCGUCGCCAUUACCGGAAGCCGCAUUUCCUCUAACACUGCCUGGUAGUUCAAAAGAUGCACUACAAUCUGCCAACUAUGACACGAUCUCUUCACGUAAUUCUGGUGCAACCCUCAAGCCAACUAUGUCGCCUUCGGCGUCCUUCAGAUCACAUUCAACUGCGACUGAGUACUCUGAAGCCGAACAGCUGGAGGAACCACCAAAGGAAGAGAAAGAGAAGCGGUCGUUCUGGAAACAUACGCGCGGUGGGAGCAAGGCAACACCCACCGCAAGCCAAACAGACCUUCACGGAUCAGUUCCUGGUGGGGACAAGAGUAUGAGCUCUUUUGGGAGCAGCUCUGGGUGGGGCGGUGGAGGACGCCGAAGUCUGCAGUAUGAUUCUCAUCAGAGCUCGGAUCUCUCUGUUCCAUACGGAGAGUCGAAAGAGGCCGCCGAAAAGAAGAAGAUCGGGCCAUUAGCCUGGCUUGAUCGGAAACGGCAGGAACACGACGAGCGUAAAGAUAAGAAGAAUCGGGCUAAGAGCCCCCCAGGAAGCUCUUCUGAGCUGGCAACUCCUUACGGCUUGUUGAGUCCAAAGCUGGAACCCACUGCUAGAGGUCGGUCGAUGGAUGCCCCAAGAAGCACGGGCAGUAAUGAGCCGAGAUUGAGACAGGACUCGAGUGAUAUCACGCCUACCGGCACAACUCCGAACUCUCUGACUGAGACUACAAUGCAGCUUCCACAGCCGCAGUCCCCGUCACAUUCGCCUCUACAAGCGCCGCAGGAGGAGCAGGAGAAGCGAUCGACGGCACCGCCGCCGCCGCCGUCGCAGCAGCAGCAAUCACCCGAGCCAAGCACCUCGCAAGCGUCGCCACCCACUGAACAACGUCCACAGCAGCAGCCCGCGCCCGAAGCUGCAACUCCCCAGCCCGACACGACUGUAGAUGCUCCUCAGGAACCACCUCGCAGACCGUCGCCCAACAAGAGCGGGCUUUAUCCUUUGGAUGCAGAUAUAGAAAAGACUGUGUAGGUCUGUGUGACCUCCUUGUAACAUUCUGCAUCGACCUUGUCCGCGGGGUGUGCGGUCUUUAUUUGCUGGAUAUAAUGACGAUUGGGUUGCACAGAUGGAUUUCUUUUAGCGGGCUCCGCUGGCCAGUCGCCAGGGUAGGCUAUGCGUCUUUGUGUUAUUUCUGGAUAUAGUGAAUGUGCGAUGUGCGGGGUACAACCAACGUGCCAGAGGACUGUAAAGUGAUGGAGGCAAUGCGUAAUAUAAUCUCUUUGGCUCUGCUGAGGUAUCUCCUUGCAAGCAGGUUGUUUGUGCACACGUUUGAGAACUGUAAUCGGUG